CAGGAACACAGGGACGUGACGUGGCAGAUGACACGGCUGCUCCUCCUAGCACUGGUGCCAGCUUCAGGGGGUGCCCAGCCCAGGAUUCCAUGGGCCAGGACCAGACACCGUAAGUCCCACAAGACAAAGGAGGCUGUGUUACCAGGCCACUAAACCUCAGCUGUGCCCUAGACGAAGGCAAGGCAGGUGUGGAACAGAGCAGCAGCCGGAGCCAGUCUGAGAGCUGCCUUCUCUCCCAAGAGCCGGAUCUGAAGAGUCGCCUGGUGCUCCGGAAGGGACAAAUUUCCCUGGGCCGGCCCCUGAGAUUAAUGAUUGCGUCACUUGGUCCUCGUGAUCACCUGGAGAAUUCAGAGAAGCUCCAGCCAGGAACUGUCCCCAGCGGGUGGUGACUGAGCCACUCCUCAAGAGUCUGGGAAGAAUGAACAUUGAGCACUGAGCUGGAGGAGGAGCUGCCAUGGCCCACCUGAUGACCACACAGCUGUUGUUCCUGGUGUGGGUGGCCGCGUGGGGGGCCCAGACCAGUACUACACGGGCCAGGACCGAUCUUCUCAGUGUCUGCAUGGAUGCCAAGCACCACAAGGUCAAGCCAGGCCCUGAGGACAAGUUGCAUGAGCAGUGCAGUCCCUGGAAGAAGAACUCUUGCUGUUAUGCCAACACCAGCGAGGAAGCACAUAAGAAUAUUUCCAACUUGUAUAGAUUCAACUGGAACCACUGUGGAGAGAUGGAGCCCACCUGCAAGCGGCACUUCAUCCAGGACACCUGCCUCUAUGAGUGCUCCCCCAACUUAGGGCCCUGGAUCCAGCAGGUGGACCAAAGUUGGCGCAAAGAGCGGAUCCUCAAUGUGCCGCUGUGCAAGGAGGACUGCCAGCGCUGGUGGGAGGAUUGCAAGACCUCCCUGACCUGCAAGUCCAACUGGCACAAGGGCUGGAACUGGGAAAAAGGGUAUAACGAGUGCCCCACGAAUGCUGCCUGCCACCCCUUCCACUUCUACUUCCCCACGCCUGCUGACCUGUGCCAGGAAAUCUGGAGUCAUUCCUACAAAGUCAGCAACUACAGCAGAGGGAGCGGCCGCUGCAUCCAGAUGUGGUUUGAUCCAGCCCAGGGCAACCCCAAUGAGGAAGUUGCCAGGUUCUAUGCUGAGGCUAUGAGUUCGGCUGGGGUCCGCAGGGCUGGGCCUCUCCUGCUCAGCCUGGCCCUCAUGCUGCUCUGGCUGCUCAAGUGAGCUCCUUUUAUCAUCUGAUACCUAGACAUCCCUGCCCUGCUGAGCAAAUUCAGUUCCUGCUCCAUAGUGGGGCCUUGGGCAGCCAUUUAAAUAAACCAGGCAUUCUACACGUG